AGCUUUGGAGACGGAGCAAAGACAGAAACCAGUCAGCCCACCAUCCCACCACCAGUGACCAACCAACAGAGAUGGCACAACUGGAAGCCAGAGUGAAGGACUGCGAAGAGAAGAUUGCAGAACUGAUGAGAAAAGAGAAAACCGUGGUGGCGUUCAGUGCAGCAACAGAAUUCGGUGGAGCCUUUGGACCCUUUGAUGAAGACAAGACUGUGGUCUACAAUAUGCCGACUACAAACAUCAGUAAUGCCUACAAUACAUCUACAGGUGUGUUUACAGCACCUGUUGCAGGUGUUUACUGCUUUGCCUUCUUCUUCCGCGCUGAAGGAGAUAAUGCAGCAAAGCUGGUACUGGUGAAGGAUGGCCACAAGAUUGUUGCAACAUCUGAUGACAGAUGCCGCAAUGACACGGCUGAUAAUGGAGGAAAUGCUGCCAUUGUGGAGCUGAAGAAAGACAGCGAGGUGUAUGUGCGCCUGGUUGCAGGUACUCAUGUUUGGGCAGGAGGCCAGUACACCACCUUCAGUGGUUUUCUGCUCCAUCAAAAUUGAGAAUUGAUGACUCCAGAAAAAUGAUGAAAAACCUGAGAUCAACGAUUCAUCUACAGUGAAAUUAAAAUUCAGAUGAUACAGAUACAGGUGACUGUUGCUGUCAUAUUACUGUAUUCAACCAAAAUAAAUCAUCACAGUCAAAUGAG